ACCGCAGAGACUAUCUUCGUGGUGUUCAAAGUAGCAUCAGAGAACGCCCGAAGCGGUAUUCCUGUUCGUCGUGAGACUGAUUGGGUUGACAUCGUUGAAGAUUUCCACCUCAGCAAUCGUCGUGGGGUCCUCCAGGAAAUCGCCAUUUACUGUGCGCUGCCGGACGGUGUACAGCGCCGCCAGUGGGCACCUGACGUGUUCAAAAGGAUGGCUGUCGUUUCAUGUGAUGCGGAUGUAUUACCAUGGGGAACAAUUGGAGCAACAGUGACUGGUGUAUUUGACUCCUACGACAGUGCGCCGAACAUCGGGUGCCGAUCUCUGAGUUGCCUCAUUUACGGAGGUAUAUCGACAUUAAUUUUGGCAAUGCUCCUGACGUCGAGCAUUCUCGCCCACUACUCCGCAUCUUAUUCCAGACAAUCGCUACCGCUGUCCGCCCGGGUUUCUUUGGUGUUGUCGCACUGA